AUGAAGUUUUGUCUUUAUUGCUGUCAUUGUUAUAUCGUUAUUUGUGGAAAGGCUACACAUUAUUACAAGUCAUCAAAAGCCACAUCAAACUUGAAAUCGUCAAACAGGGUACUUAUGAGAAACCCCAUGUCGCCUUCGGAGCAACAUUCACAACAUAAUUCUACAUUGGCCGCCUCGCCAUUUGUUUCUAACGUAUCUGCAGCAAGAACACAACAGAGUUUACCAACCGAUGCUCAGAAUGAUCGUUUGCAGCAACCCUGGAACAGAACCAAUACGGCUACGAGUCCCUACCAGUCGUUAGCAAAUAGCCCUUUAAUACAGAAGUUGCAAGCGAAUAUUAUGACUCCGCACCAGCCAUCUGCUAAUUCUAAUUCUAAUUCCAAUUCCAUUACGGGCAAUGUUGUGAACGACAAUAAUUUGUUAGCUUCUAUGUCUAAGAAUAGUAUGUUCGGUUCUACCAUACCGUCCACAUUAAGGAAGGUGAGCUUACAGCGUGAAUAUAAGGAUUCAGUUGAUGGUGUGGUUCGUGAUGAAGAUAAUGAUGAGGAUGUUCAUAACAAUGGCGAUGCAGCUGCGAAUGCUAAUAAUGAUCGGGAGAGUAAACUAGGGCAUAAUGGGCCAUUGACGACAACAACAUUAACGACAACAACUACAGCAACUCAACUAGAUGUUUCUGAAUUGUCAGCUAUAGAAAGAUUGAGACUUUGGAGGUUCGACGCAUUGAUGCAGCAUAUGUAUAGGACCGCAGAAUAUAUUGCUGAUAAAGUGUAUAACAUAUCCAAUGAUCCUGAUGAUGCCUUCUGGCUCGGCCAAGUAUAUUACAAUAAUAAUCAGUACGUAAGGGCUGUAGAACUUAUUACCAGGAACAACUUGGAUGGCGUUAAUAUCCUGUGUCGAUAUCUGUUGGGACUCUCCUUUGUUAAAUUACAGAGAUUUGAUGACGCUCUAGAUGUUAUAGGCGAAUACAAUCCAUUCAGCGAGGACCCAUCUACGACGGCAGCAAACACCAUGAGCAAUAAUGGCAAUAACAGCAAUACGUCACAGCCAGUUACUGACGGCGGUAUAAAAAUGGAGUCAUCAUUAUGUUUUCUGAGAGGGAAAAUAUAUUUUGCACAAAAUAAUUUUAACAAGGCAAGGGAUGCAUUUCGUGAAGCGAUUUUGGUAGAUAUAAAAAAUUUUGAAGCUUUCGAAAUGCUCCUGUCCAAGAACCUGUUAACUCCACAAGAGGAAUGGGACCUGUUUGACUCUUUGGAUUUCAAAGAAUUUGGGGAAGAUAAAGAGAUUAUGAAGAAUCUUUAUAAGAUCAACCUAUCUAAAUACAUCAACACGGAAGAUAUAACGAAGUCCAAUGAGAUUUUAGCGAAAGAUUAUAAAUUAGCUGACAAUGUAGAUGUCGUAAGAAGUAAGGUGGAUAUCUGCUAUACGCAAUGCAAAUUCAACGAAUGCUUAGAGUUGUGCGAGACCGUUUUGGAAAACGACGAAUUUAAUACGAAUAUCUUGCCAGCAUACAUUGGAUGUCUAUAUGAACUAUCAAAUAAAAAUAAGCUUUUCCUUCUGUCGCAUCGAUUAGCGGAAACUUUCCCGAAGUCUGCGAUAACAUGGUUUAGCGUUGCGACCUAUUAUAUGAGCUUGGACAGAAUUAGUGAAGCACAGAAAUACUAUUCCAAAUCCUCAAUACUGGAUCCAAGCUUUGCUGCCGCAUGGCUGGGAUUUGCACACACGUAUGCCCUAGAAGGUGAACAAGACCAAGCAUUAACAGCAUACUCUACAGCCUCCAGAUUCUUUCCUGGAAUGCACUUACCAAAACUGUUUCUCGGGAUGCAGUUUAUGGCGAUGAAUUCAUUAAAUUUAGCAGAAUCGUAUUUUGUUCUGGCAUAUGACAUUUGUCCAAACGAUCCAUUAGUACUCAAUGAAAUGGGUGUAAUGUAUUUUAAGAAGAACGAAUUUGUCAAAGCCAAGAAAUACCUGAAGAAGGCGUUGGAAGUGGUGAAAGAUCUUGAUCCAAGUUCAAGAACGACAAUAUCAAUUCAAUUAAAUCUAGGACACACUUACAGAAAGUUAAAUGAGAACGAAAUUGCCAUUAAAUGUUUUAGAUGCGUUUUGGAGAAAAAUGAUAAAAACUCUGAAAUUCAUUGUUCCUUAGGUUACUUAUAUUUGAAGACGAAGAAAUUACAAAAGGCCAUUGAUCAUUUGCACAAAUCAUUGUACCUAAAGCCUAAUAAUUCAUCUGCAACAGCGCUUUUGAAAAAUGCCCUAGAGCUAAACGUGACGUUAUCAUUGGAUGCCAGCCACCCACUUAUUGACAAGUCGAAUUUAAUGAGUCAGGCAAGUAAGGACAAGGCUUCGCUCAAUAAAAAAAGAUCUUCAUUGACUUAUGACCCUGUCAACAUGGCUAAAAGGUUGAGAACACAAAAGGAGAUCUUUGAUCAGAAUAACAAAGCUCUAAGAAAGGGAGGUCAUGACAGCAAAACUGGAAGUAAUAAUGCCGACGAUGAUUUUGACGCAGAUAUGGAACUGGAAUAA